AUGCUCAGGACCCCGAUACUGGGCAGGAACCAUGCGAAGUCCUCAGGCUUCUCCGUCUUGGCCAAGCAGGCGUGGGGGGCUCUACGAAGCCAUCUGCGGAGGCUUGAGCGACUGUGCUCCCAGGUUCCCUGUGCGCAGAGAAGUAGGAAUGACGCUUUGCACCCCCUUUGGAAGGGCCCAGCCUCCAAGCCCGGGGGCUCCCGGCAGUCCCCCAUCAACAUCCGCUGGAGGGACAGUGUCUACGACCCCGGGCUGCACCCUCUCCGGGUCUCCUACGACGCCGCGGCCUGCCGCUACGCCUGGAACACCGGCUACCUCUUCCAGGUGGAAUUUGACGACGCCAACGAGGGCUCAGGAAUCAGCGGUGGCCCCUUGGAAAACCACUACCGCCUGAAGCAGUUCCACUUCCACUGGGGAGCAGUGAACGAGUGGGGCUCGGAGCACACGGUGGACGACCACGUGUACCCGGCAGAGCUGCAUUUAGUUCACUGGAACGCUGUGAAAUACCAAAACUACAAGGAAGCUGUGAUGGGAGAGAAUGGCUUGGCUGUGAUAGGCGUGUUUUUAAAGCUGGGGUCCCGCCACGAGGCACUGCAGAAGCUGGUGGACGUCUUGCCGGAAAUAAAGCAUAAGGAGGCACGGGUGGCCAUGGGCCCCUUCGAGCCCUCCUGCCUGCUGCCCACCUGCCGGGAUUACUGGACCUACCCGGGCUCCCUCACCACUCCUCCACUCACCGAGUCUGUCACCUGGAUCAUCCAGAAGAAGCCCAUUGAAGUGUCCGCGAACCAGCUGGCCGCGUUUCGCACGCUCCUGUUCACUGCACUUGGUGAAGAGGAGAAGACGAUGGUGAACAAUUACCGCCCACUUCAACCCCUGAUGAACCGGAAGGUCCGUUCAUCCUUCCAGGCCACGAAAGAGGGCACCAGACCCUAAAUGCAUUACGUCCAAGUCAAUGGGCUGAACUGACUUUAAAAAGAGGAAGUAUUGUUUCCCAAGUCUCAUGGUCUGAUCAUAUGCAACCCCUGAAAUUAAAA